AUAAACUCGGACCAGCCCCCGUCACACAACUGGGACCAGCCCCCAGAUUAUAAAAGUUACCAGAAACCCACAAAUUGAACAGCCACAUAGCUUUUCAACUCGUCUGAAGUGUAUCUGCAAUCCCAAUCUGCAUGAUGAGCAACACUCUGAAGGAAUCCCUGUUUGAGAAACUCUGCCAGCUUCAGUGUCACUUCACAUGGGUUCCACAGAAGGACAACAUUGACUUCAGAGAUUUGAAGCUUAGAUUACAAGAUUCUAUAAAACUUGAUGUAAAAUAUCAAGCCUCAUCCUACAACCAUCUUGCUUUUGUGAACUGUCAGCAAGGUGACUAUGAAGAAGCAAUUCAAAAUUUAAAGGAAGCUGAAAAGAUUUGGAGAGAGAACCACGAAGAUGAAUUUGAAAGAAGAAGCAUCAUCACCUAUGGAAACUUUGCCUGGGUGCAUUACCACAUGGGACAACUGACUGAGGCCCAAUCCUACCUCGACAAGCUGGAGAUGAUCUGUAAACCGCUCAGUGACGGCCCUCACUAUACAGCAAUGAUACCCCAGGUGUACGGGGAGAAGGGAUGGUCACUGUUAACUUUUGGUAAUAUUGUUUACUAUGAGGAGGCAAAGGAAUGUUUUGAGAAGGCUUUGGAGGAGGAUUCCAAUAAUGUGGAGUGGAAUAUGGGCUUUGUGACUGCUGUUUAUCGUCUGGAAACAAUUUCAGGUGUUUCAGAGAAUCAGGAGCAGAAUCAAUGUGUGAAGUAUCUGCAACGGGUGCUGGAGCUUGACCCAGAUGACACGGUGGCCAUGGUUAUGUUGGCCCUAAAACUGCAAGAGUUCAAUGAAGCAGAGAAAGCAAAUGAAUUAGUUGAAGAAGCAUUGAGGAAGUCCCCAGAUUUGCCAUAUGUGCUUCGCUAUACAGCAAAAUUUUAUAGAAUAGCACGAGCUUUCGAUAUCGCAAUAGGCCUGUUGAAGAGAGCUUUAGAGCUUACUCCAUGCUCUGCCUUCUUACACCACCAAGUUGGUAUGUGUUACAGAGGAAAACUGUUCACUCUGAAAAAGAAAGCAGACUACAACUAUCCUGGCAGAGCUGUAUUUCAACAGAAAGCUGAGUUGAUCAGGAUGUGCAAAUAUCAUUUAGAAAAGGCAUUUCAACUGAAAUCAUCAUUUAUUUUUGCAAAACUGGAUUUUGCAGGAAUCUGCUUAGAAAAUGGAGAACUAGACCGAGCAGAGGAGAUCUACAACAGUCUGCUGAGCUUGAAGGAUCUUGCUCCAGAUAAUAAGCAAGCACUAGUUUUACAAGUUGGAUUAUUUGAACUGUACCACAAAAGAUCUGAAUCAAACGCCAUCACCUAUUUACUGGACGGACUUAAAAUCCAUCCUGGAAGUAAAAAUUGGAAGUUCUGUGACAGUAACUUGAGAAAGAUUUUAAGAAGCCAAAUUAAGAGAAAUCCAAGAAACAGCAAAGCCUUUGGUGUUCUUGGAUUAGUGCACCAGCUGGCUGGGGAGAAGGCUGAGGCUAUUAAAUGCUUUGAAAUGGCCUUAGAAUUUGAUCCCGGCACUGAAGAACAUCUCACAGCUCUUAGUGAAUUAUGUCUUUCUACAUAGUCUCUAGAUAUCCAACUGGAUCCAGGGGCACUGUGAUCGUUGAAAGGUCUCUCCUCAAUGCAUUUGUUUCUCCCUUCUAUUCUCCAAUUUCCACCUGAAUUGUAGUGAGAUUAUUUCAGAUGCAUCUGAUGUUCUGGCUAUAUCAGUAACACUAGCAUGUAAAUCGCUUUAAUUUCCCUGGUUAUUACUGAAUGGGUCCAGUUUCUGCUGGAGUUGAUUGCUAGCCCAGCAAAUUCUGGGUAAAACUGAUUUUUGCGUGACGGCACCAAAUAAGAAGUGCCAUCUCAUUCAGUUUCUAUGUUAAUAAAGCUUGGUCUGAAAGAAAAUGAAAUGAUUUAUAAAAUACCCCGAUAACAAAGGAGAAUACUGUACUUCGUUUUUCCCAAAUAAGCCAUAACCAAUUAUGACCCAGUUAUGCAGCAUGUUCUAUAUUCCAGUUUACAGUUGAGAUCGAUUACAAUAAACUUUUCAUACUCUCUUACACUAUUUGCUUUUAAUAAUUCUAUUCUAAGCAAUUUUAAUUUGCUUGUCAAAAUAUUCCAGAUGAAAUCUUUGAAACUUGUAGUAGAGUCUAUGAACAGUGUUGGAUUACUUGCCGCAUCAAUGAGUUAAAUCUUUAUGCAAUUUACGGUGAAAAAGCACUAAAGUUGACUCAAGAUGUUAAAAAUAUUAAAAUAUUAUGCUAUAAACGCAGAAAUUUCUGGUAACUUUUAGCAGAUCGUUAAGUAUCCAUGGAAGAGAAAACAGAUUAUUUUUCAGAUUGAAGAAAGAGAUGCCGCCUGACCUGCUGUACAUUUUUUCAGAAUUUUUAGUUAAGGAUUCUGAUUUACAAUGUUUGUAGUUUUUAAAUUAAAUUUUAAUUAAAAAGCUUAUUGCUA